AUGAGCAAAGCAAGGGGGCAGUCAGACGCCUGUUGCAGUGUGGACCUGCCUAAUAACAGAAGGCCAGUUUCUGUAGCUUCGCGAGUGAAGCCAGAAAGCAGCAUUACAAGUCAGUGUUCAGAAGGGAAAAGAAGGCAGGCACCUUUCUGCUUUCAGACAAAUGUGUCCUGGCUCCGAGAGCACGCGCUGAGCGGCGACCGCCCCCGCAGAGGAGUGUGCUCGCCCACGGCCACUUUAGCCAAACAACUGGAACCUCGUGGCUCGGAAGUGGCAGCAGGAGUUGCAGCAAGCCGCCUCCCCGGAAUCUCAGAGCCCCUAAAGGUGUCUGUCCCAGGCGCCAGCCAGCUCGCUCCCUCGCCCGCUCGCCCGCUCUGGUCCACGCCGAGGCGUCCGCACCGCAGAGGGAGGCGGCCGGCCCCGCCCGGAAGGGGCGGCCCGCGGGGGACGCGUGGGGCGAGGGGCGCGCGAGGGACACGCUGCGGCUCCCGCGCCCAGGUGGCAGGGGCGGGGCCCGCGUGGCGCCGCCAGGCUGGGUCGCCCGGGCCGGCCGUUACCGCACCGCGUGGGGCCGCCACUCACCGGCUCGCACCUCGGCCGCCUCCGCGCCGCCGCUCCUCUCCUCAGCCGCGGGCGCCGCGUAGCCCCAUCUACCGACUCAGGGGCUCGCGGUCGGGCGGGCGGCUCCCGCCGUCCCCGCCAGCCUCGCCUUCCGCCCGUCUCCGGGCGCCGCCGCUGCCCGCCGGCCCGCGCGGCCAGCCUCUCUCAGCCGCUCCGCUCCCGCCGCCGCCGCCGGGGCGCGCUCCUCCCGGCCUCGCGCGUGCGCCGGACGCGGUAGAGCGCGCGGACUCGUGCGCGCGGAGGUUCCCCCUCCCGCCCCCGCCCAGCCCGGCCCCGCCCCUCCGUUGUGGCCUGGCCGCCAGGUGCUGCCACCAGAGGGCCCCGCGGGCGGGUCCCUUAGGGUCGCCCUGGCUCAGCGCGCGUCCUCAGCGUUCUGUGGGAGAGGAACGGGAAUCGGCCGAGAUCGGCUUAUAGCACAAAGGAGACGCGAGACUCCAGGAGCCCGCGACCGCCGCUCUUACGCCCCUGACUCGGAGGUGGACUUGAAGGGGGACUGAAUUUUCUCCCAAAGGCCCAACAGAAGGCUAUGGUUCACACCCGACAAAUGAAAGGACACUAGCUUCUUUCAUAGUGCCAGGCUGGGGCGGGAUCCUGAAGCGGGCUUAGCCAGACCCUCCCAAACAUCUGGCCUUUCCAGACCUGGAAGGAGUUAAAAGGAACCGAGCAGUGCAACUGAGCUGGCAGAACUACACCAAGGCAGUGCGAGGGCUUCCAAUCCCCUCUCUCUGCAAGCUAUGGGCUCUCGAAGAUGCUGUCAUAUUCUCCCUAAAAUUGAAGCAAGUACGUGUUCUUUCAGUGGAACAACGUGUCUCCUCAGUAGAUGUAGAAAGUGCAAGUAAAACUUCUCUUGUGACCAUCA